CGAUCGCUAAGGACAGCUCAAUAUCACCCUGGUGAAUAAAUUUGUUUUAACUUGUAAAAGAGAAGAUAGUCAUGGUAACCCUGAGUGACAAUUUCAAUAGUUAUCAAAUGAGCAUUGUAAAUACAGAAGGCACUUCAGCAGUCUUGGUUAUUUUUCAUUUCAAUAAGGAAUUAUGUAAAACAUUCAACAAUAGUGUAGUUCGUCAGAAAAGUGUAAUGAAAAGCUAUGGAAACGGUCAGUCAGUUGGAUUUGCUGAUGAAGUUGUUUGUUUAGACGGUGACUGGAAACGCAAUGCAACAAUUGGCCUUCUACAUUUUGAUUCCGCUGUGGCGGCUCAGAGGUGGCUUAUCAGCGAUCCAAUAUUUCGUCAGCACGACUGGUUGGAUGAUGCGGAAAUAUGGAUUGUACCUUUAUGUACGGAAAUAAGACCAUGGAAUUACUUGCAAUUGAGUUUAUUUGGCUCAAUUAAUGGAGACAACUUUAAGAACCAAUAUUUACCUAAAUUUGAAGAGUCGAUUUCAAAAUUUGGAGGAGUACCAUUUAUUAGUUCAACUUCCUAUAUUGAAGUACCUCGAGGACUAAAAGAAAUCGACUAUUUAAUUAUUACUGGAUGGCCAGAUGACGAUAGCUCUCUUAAGUGGAAUCAGAGUCUCGCUAGCUCUGAAGAAUCACUAACAUUCAGGAGUGACAACCCGUUAGUAAUGCAUAGGUUCGAAAACGCGCGUUCGGAUACAGUGAUGAUAUCAUCAUCUCGAAACACCAGGUUUAGUGGCUUAGACGUGAAUUAUGAACACUAUCCCGAGGAAGUCUACAUCCUCCAUUAUUUGUCGACACUGGUUGGAGAAAGUCAUGCUCAGUUCUUGACACAGUGCUGUGGUAUGGAAGAAAGCUGUAAAUCACUAGUAUGUCGAUCCUUCACGACUCUGGUAAGGGUCCUAGAGAUAAUGUAACAGUGGUUUGGAACGUCGUGAGACAGCCCACAAUAUUAGCUAUUGGCAGUCCUGCUGUAAUUUUCUUUUACUUUCUUCAUAAAAACGAAAGAUUUUUAAUUGAGUGGAUUCUUUGAUAUAAUUCUUCUAAAUGAAAUGUUCCUCAUGUUAUAUGCUACUCUUGUUCACCUAUUUUUACUCACUAAUUGUUUGUUAUUUUACAUUCACUUACUUUUAUCUGUCGCUUCACAUUUUCUAUUUGUGUGGCGAAAACACUUAUUUUGGUGCUUAUUUGUACCAAUAUUUGUAUGUCCAAAAAAUAAAUAAGUAGA